UUUAGCAGGCCUGUCCGGCUACAUAUAUUACAUAAUCUACUAGAACAUUAUUAAUAUUAUUAUGUCAUCAAUUUGUCUUUCGGCCCAUCUGCAGCUACCAUCACUCUCAAAACACGUAACGCGUUCUACCAGGCUUUGGAGGUCACGAAUCGGGAUGCAUGAUGGAUGUACACUUGUGCACUGAGAGUUUCUCGUGACUGACAUGCUCAAGAUCGGCGACACCGGCCCAAUCGUUCCACGCUCAAGGACACCCUCGUUGGACUUGUUUCAUGGGCCUGAGCGAUGUAAUAUGUGUCACCGCUCUCGUCCCUCAUGAGAGUGCCGACACAAAGGGCAGUGGGAAGGUUCCGGUGCCCACUGUCAGAGCUGCUGAUUCACAUCCGUGACUGCGCUGAUCUGCGGCCGAUGUACACAUUCUGGAUGCCGAAUACUGCUGUUGACUGCCCCUGUCAAUGUCGCUCCGGACAUUCCCCCAACAUUGGAAUGAUUAUUGAAGAUUCCAUGGCUACUAUCGGCCUCAUCGGUCGGCACCGUCUCAGGCCGGACCGCCCAAAUGCGGAUCGACGCUAGCAGGAGAUGCGUAUAAGUGCCAGUGGAUUCCGAAGCGCAUGUGUUUCGAUGGUGAGGAAUCUUUAUUACAGGCUGGUGUCCAUCUUGGAGAUCCGUGCGACUGGUUGCGGCCUGCGGUGUCGUCGGUUUUUUCUGCCGCCUCUCGGACGAAAUCUCCGGGAAUUGCAUCCACCCGCUCUGCUUCCUUUGCAGAUCCUCGGUCAUGUGAAGGGCCUGACCCCCGAGGUGUUCCAGUGAUGGAUGACUCCUCCGGCCAGUUCCUGCCCCCUUCAAACGCGAUCACAGUCGUCCAUGGGAGUGGGAAGAGACAGUUCUUGACGCCGCGAUCAUUCUUUCCUCGACAUGCGAUCUUCCGGAGUGCGUGCUGCAGAAGCCCCAUGAUACCCAGCCGGCCCCUCGGAGUUUGGCGCUCAAAAGUUCCGUUUGACGAGAAUUUGCACAGUGGACGCUCUCUCGGUAUAGAUCGGCGAGACGAAGUGUGACUGGGAAGGCACAGUUUUGACUAGGUAUCCAGUCAGGAAUAACUCCACACUUAUCAUCAUGUCCUCUGAUUAAGCGGUGUCAGGCUCUUACAGACACUGAUUACACGACAUCAAGACGAAGGCCAUCAAAGAUCUAACCUGCAGUGAUAUAAGCUGAGGUGUCGGAGCCUUCAUUUCGUUUUCCCCUUCUUACGCUCACGGAGACUUUCGAGUUGGCUCAUAUUCACUCUUCUUCGUUUCUAAUUUCGCCCGAGCCUCUCUUGCUUUUUCUUUCUUCGCCCAACUCGAUUUUGCCGCCUGGAGUGAGUUCGGGACUCAGCAUCGCGAUGGGAUGCCGGCUGACGAAGAGCAGAUAAUUGCGGCCUAACGAAAAACAGUCUCGACGACACAUCACGCUAUUCACUUACCAUGUCCAAUUUCCCCACGGAAGAAACCACCACGUCCCCGAUAAUGAUGCGUCCCUUGGUGCUCCCCUCUCUCUCGCUGUCUCCGGCAGACGUAGAGAUCGAAGAGUUCUCUGGCCAGCUUAGCCGCCGCAGCAGUCUGGACAGCGACUCGGAAUACAACACCCGGGAAAAGCAGCGGAUGGAAACCGCUGCGCGGCGCGCAUCGCACAAUGCGGUGGAGAGACAGCGCCGGGACAGGCUGAAUGCACGCAUCCUGGAACUAGCGUCAAUGCUCCCCAAUUUGGCCGGAGUGCGCCGACCAUCGCGCAUCGCCAUCACAAAAUCAUCUAUCGCGUAUAUUAACAGUGCCCGCAGGCACCGCAUGCUCGCCGCCCAGCAGCUGCGCGCCCUGCAUGCCGAAACCGAGUCCCUCCGCGCCGAGGUGAACCAGUGGCGCCAGCGCAGCGGGAUGCCAUGCAUCGCCGAGCCCCGGCGCGGCGACGGGUUCAUGAUCGUCCUCACUGGCGCCGAGCUCGAGCUCGACCCCGUCGAUGCGGGCGAGGAGGAGGAGCUCGAGAGCGGGCAUGCGUUCCCCCAUGGCCAGACGCACCCGUAUCCUUACGCUUACGGCAUGUCCCCUCCGUCGUCUUCGUCAUCCUCCAGCGGCUCGUUCCCGUCGCCGUACUCUCCGGCGUACCCGAGCCCCGAGAUCGCGUAUGCGAAGUACGACGUGAUGACUCAUGAGCCCCGCAUCGCUUGCCCGGCGCCAACCAACCCGUUUGAGUCCCAGCACCGAUUCAUGGUCAAGUCGGAAGAAGAGUGGACGUAUGGUGGACACUCCGGAUCCCCCACGACGCACUUCCAUGAGCCCGUCCACGGUUCGUGGUAGAUUGCGAUCCGGUCUACACCAUAUAUGCGCCACCCUUUUUCUAUGCGACUCAUCACGACUCUAUGAAUAUGAAGGACUGUUUGCGGACUUUCCAUUCGUUUCUUUUAUUACUUUUUCCGUCCUCUCCUUAUACCUGCCUUGACUCUUCCGAGAUUACUUUACCAUAUACACUCCUGUAGGAUUCGUGUGUCUAAUCGUAAUACAAUGAAUGCUGUGCCAUCUGAUGCUUUCCAGGCUUGUCUCCUCGCAUAUGACAACGCCCGCUCAGUGCUGGCGGUGCACUCUAUGAAACGAUCAAGACCUAUCUCC